AUGAACCCCUCCGCGCGGUGCGGCGCCGUCGCCGCCGCCGCCGCCGCCGCUCGCGCCGCCGCGUCCGCGUCCCCGCGCGACGCGGCGCGAUGCGAGGACGGUGCCGACGUCACCGCCGCGGGUCCGUCGUCGUCGUCGUCGUCGUCGUCCUCCUCCUCCUCCUCCUCCUCCCCGUCGCCCGCGCCUCUGGACGCGCCGAUCGCGAGGGCGUACCCGAGCGACGCCGCGAGCAAAUCCACCGCGAAGUGGCGCGUGUACACGGACAUCGCGCGCGACCACAGCGCGCGCGGGCGCCACGCGGACGCGGAUCGGUACCUCCGCCGCGCGAUCGCGGAGGCGACGAACGGAUUCGGCCCCGAGGACCCGCACGUCGCGGCGGCGAAGAACAACCUCGCGGAGUCGCUCCGCCUUCAAAAGCGCCACGCCGAGGCGGAGAAGUUAUUCAAGGAAGCCGCGGCCGCGCUGGAGCGUCACUACGGCGCGACGCACCCCGCGGUCGGCGUCGCGUGGCACAACUACGCGGGAUGCGUCUUCGCGCGCGGCGAUCACCGCGCCGCGUACGACGCGUACGCCGCCGCGGCUGAGGCGCGUUCUGAUUCGCACUGGUCCCCAUACGACCGCGUUCGCGUUGUGAACUUCAUUCCUUGA